AUGCCCGGUCACCUACAGUCAUCCUGGAACAGCCUCAUUGUCCUGUUCCGGUGCCUCAAGGUGCCCGGUCACCUACAGUCAUCCUGGAACAGCCUCAUUAUCCUGUUCUGGUGCCUCAAGGUGCCCGGUCACCUGCAGUCACACUGGAAGAGCCUCAUUAUCCUGUUCCGAUGCCUCAAGGUGCCCGGUCACCUACAGUCAUCCUGGAACAGCCUCAUUAUCCUGUUCCGGUGCCUCAAGGUGCCCGGUCACCUGCAGUCAUCCUGGAACAGCCUCAGGCACCUUGAGGCACCGGAACAGGAUAAUGAGCUUGCCAUCAACCCUAUCCUGUACAACGCGCUGUCAGUCAAGUUCCGACGAGCCUUCAAGAAAAUGUUGUGCUGCGGUUCGGGUCCCGAAGUUGGCCGUACGGUGACUGUGCUCUACAGCGACGGCACGCGACGCCUCAACAAAACCAACUCGCGCUCGCAGAUAGAAAUCCAUCAAACUACCACAACCGUCACUUCAGCGUACACUUUCAAUACUCAACACCUUCAUCAUCCUUACAUUCAUCACUAUAACCCUCAUCACCAUUCUCGCACGUCAGCAGGUUUCAAUAAACCAUACGACGAUGGAAACAUUCGUGACCACAGUUUCAAGCAACGUGGGAGUAGAAACGGCAGGUUUCAAGUAAAGAAGAGGUUCUCUAGCCACGAUGCAUUGAGGUUUGAAAGCAAUGAAGAUACAGGCACCAGGUAUGAGGGUAAAAGUGCAGUCAAGUACCAGGAAGAGUCAAAUAAGCGAUACGACAAAGAAAUAAUCGAUAGCUCCCGACAACGGGAAAGUCCUCUCAAGUAUGUGGAUGAUAGCCCCGAGGCGGCGUGCCCGGGUGACUGUUACGAGCUCGGUGCCAUGAGCUACUUCAGCACCUCCGCCGCUCAGUCGCCCCAGACGCCUCAACGGCCUCACUCACUCGGGUCUCUGACAUCGUUGUCGCGGCGGACCAAAGACUGCGAUAUCGAAGUCGUGCAUCUUGAUGACUGCAACAGCGUCUCACUACAGCAGAAUUGAUCACAGAUACCGUUACAGGCGGCGGCAUUGAUCAGCACAAUCGCUCUCGUACAAUCACGUGUCGAUGAACUGUAGUUUUGAACGGAAAACUCAUGAUGUGCGUUGUUUUUGGAGCUACUAUCCUGGAUAAAAGAUAAAACCAGAGAUCGCAUCAUAAGUAUACUUUUGAUGAUCUUUUUAGUGAGGUCCUUUCAAAGUGUUCUAGAAUUUUUUUUUGUUCUCAUACCAAAUUAAAAUGAGCACUACUGAUCUUUUGAAUCAACGCACCACUUAAUAAAAAUGAAAUGUUCACGCUGUAAAAAUGAACAGUAUUCAUAUUUUGGUAGAGAGUAUUUUUAAAUUUAUCCUAAUUCUAUAGAGUGUUAAUAACAGGUACAAUUCUUCACAAUUCUUCAGAUUUUUGGCACUGGAAUCAAAUAGUUUAAAUGCGAAUAGAAAUUGAAUGAAAGAAGUCAGCUUAAUUAAAUUACUACAGCUUCUGAAGUUUUAUUGGUUUUAACGGAAAGGAAAAUCGAAAAAAAUUAAAUGCUCACAAAAAUUAUUUUUGGCUUUCGAGAAGAAAGCAUCGCCAGUUUGAUGAUCUGAAAAUUUAAACAUGAAUUCUUCAUUGAGGUUCGGAAGGAAAUAUUUAUUCCUUGUAUAGCAGGGAGUAUUUAUUAAAUUCCCGACCAUAUAAAGAAAUCAAAAUGAUUGCCCUGAACUGCGAUCGAGUGAAGCUGCGCAAAAUGCUAAAAGAAAUUUGGUACAUCGAUGCGAAACAGUAAAAAGCUCUGAGGUAUUAUAAUUUCAAAUAUCUAAGUAAUUUAUUACGAGUAAAAUGGAAACCCUAAGUUCCUUGCCACGCGCAUAAUGGAUUCAAAUACCGUUUUUUUAACGAACAUGAACAAGAAUGCGUGAUAUACGAGUUGAGAUUCAAAAGUAAGAUAAUGUCUUGGGAAUUAUAAUUCUUGUAUUUUGUAUGACGAGAGAGUUCAACUAUAAACUUCAGCUAUUUUUGAAUGUGGAAUAACAUUUAUUUAACUUCAUUAAAUAUCUAUUAUUAUUUG